AUGUUCUUGACCUGUUUGUUGGGGACCACCUUGUUUGUGGACAGGAGUGGGGAUCGGGCGCAGGUUUGGCCUCUCCAGUUCUUGGGGGACACUAGACGGGUGAGGAAAUAUUCUUGGGGGUCUGCUACACUCGCCUAUUUGUAUAGGCAACUCGGCAUGGCGUCUCGAGCGGAUUGCAAAGGCAUGGGUGGCUGUUUGACCCUCCUUCAGAGCUGGAUCUACGAGUACUUCCCGUGUUUACGAGAUCAGAAGUUGGGGACACGUGGAGUGGUGUGCGGGGAACCUUUUGCUAAGAAGUGGGAGGGGGAGUUGAUGAAUGAGAGGUUGGAUCACUAUCAUCGAGUACUGGAUAAUAUGACAGAUGAGUUUGUUUUUUGGUGCCCAUUCGGCCUCAGACCUGGUGAGAUGGUCUCUCGUUCUUUGUACUCUGGUGUCAUUCGGUGCAUGAGUGUUGAGGAGAUGUAUGAUCCCUCGCGUUGCCUCCGUCAGUUUGGGUACGUACAGACCAUCCCCUCAGAUCCGCUUCCUCCAGUUGAUGUUUGCCGAUCUGCGAAUGUCAAGAUGUACUCCUUGUCCUACGGUCCCGGCUUGAGUGAGCUUUGGAAGGCCCCUCACUGCCACUCGGUGCAGUUGGAUUCGAUAUCGAGACCUGUUCAAAAACCGGAAGAUAUUGGAUUACAAGGGUUGCUUAAAGAGUACGACGAGGCGACUCCAUAA